AUGUCAACGUUAUUAUCGAAUCGUACAAUAACCACAUCUAAAAGCGUUCAAAUCAUCUCCAACAAAUCAUCAAAUUUAUUUGUCAAUUUAUUGGAAUCAAGAAUUUUUAGUAGAACUGCUAAAUAUAGAAAAGUAACAAUAGAACUAUUAACCCCCGUUAAAAAUCUUGGCGAGAAAGGUGAAAUUGUAAAAGUCAAACCUGGAUAUAUGAGAAACGAUUUGUAUCCUAGCCGUAAAGCAAAUUAUUUUAUACCAACAGUAGGAAAGAACAAGUCACUUCAAUCAAAAGGCCCUUCACAAAUACAUCAAAUAGCCAAGGGAGGACAAAUCACAUUGGCCAUACUUGGAAGAUCAUAUGCUGAUAAAAAAAAGAAUGCACCAAGAGUGUUACAAUAUUUUGAAGAAAUACAAAAGAAAGUUGCCAUCCUUAAUCAUAUUCCUUCUUUAGAUUUUGAUCGUGAUUUGGAUGGAGAUCUUAACAUUCCUACUAAACUUCAAAAUCCCGUAAAACUUGAAGAUAUUUUAAAUCGCGUUAAAAGUGGUUAUAACAUGAUCUUUAAUUUAGAUGAUAUUGAAUUUCAUGAAAAUAAUUCUGGUGAAAUUCAUCGGACCGGAGAUUAUAAAUGUUUAUUCCAUUUCCGUGAAAUUCAACUUAAAGUUCCCGUAAAAAUUGUUGUAAAACCAUCAAUUGGAUUUCAAGGAACAAAAGAAACUGUCAUCAGAUGA